UCAAAUGGCGUAGAUUCUGGCAUAAACAACAGGCCAUAAUAGGCACUGAACAUGCUCCACCUACCGUUAGCUACAGCAUCUGGAGAGUUGCGGAACUGAAAAAGAACACGACCAGCCUCUUUGAGAAGACAGAGUUUACGAACAGCCUCUCCUCAAUUUGUCGACAGGAGGAACUGUCAUCAUGGGAAAAUUCCUGUUGGCCUCCUCAAUCGUGAUUCUCUUCAUUUUGCUCCAGACUGAGGAGAUUGUCUCCAUUUCUAAAAAAGGAAGCAGCAGACUGAGCAGCAGCAGCAGCAGUCGAAAGCCAAGUCGCAAACCCUCCCAUAAUCCUAGCAGACCUUCCCAUCGCCCUAGCAAACCCUCGCAUCAUCCUGUCAAGCCUGCAGAGAGACCUAGAAAACCAGCACAGAACCCACCUGAACAUAGGCCUGCCCAUCAUGCACCCCCAAACAGGCCUGAAAAUCCUGUAAAACAUCCUCCAAAUCAUGCAAAGCCUCCUCCACAUCCACCCCAUAAUCCCGCCAAUCCACAAAAUCCAGGACACCCUCCACCUUAUCCUGUCAACCCUCAAAAUCCUGCCCACCCCCCAAAUAAUCCCGUUAACCCAGGAAAUCCCCCUCCGUACAACCCUGCCCACCCCCCAAAUAAUCCCGUUAACCCAGGGAAUCCCCCUCCGUAUAACCCUGCCUACCCAUACCCGGUUAACCCCCAAAACCCAGCACAUCCUCCACCAUAUCCGGUCAAUCCUCAAAAUCCAGGACAUCCUCCACCAUAUCCGGUCAACCCCCAAAACCCAGCACAUCCUCCACCAUAUCCGGUCAACCCCCAAAACCCAGCACACCCUCCCCCAUAUCCGAUCAACCCCCAAAACCCAGCACAUCCUCCACCAUAUCCGGUCAACCCUCAAAAUCCAGGACAUCCUCCACCAUAUCCGGUCAACCCCCAAAACCCAGCACAUCCUCCACCAUAUCCGGUCAACCCCCAAAACCCAGGACAUCUUCCACCAUAUCCGGUCAACCCUCAAAAUCCAGGACAUCCUCCACCAUAUCCGGGCAAACCCCCAAACCCAGCACAUCCUCCACCAUAUCCAGCCAACCCUCAAAAUCCUGGGUAUUUCCCACACCAACCAUAUAAUCCCCAAAAUCCUCAGUGGGGACACUAUAAUCCCAAACCCUGGAAACCUAAACCCCCCAAGACUAAGAUGAAGCAUAUGGCUGGAGCAGCAAUUGCAGGUGCAGCAGCAGGAGCUGUUGGAGGCUACUUCCUGGGACGUGCCAUGUCUAAUCUGCAUUUUCAAUUUAACAACCCGAAUGAGGAGCGGUGGUGGUAUGAAAAUCGCCAUCGUUACUCUGAUCAGGUUUACUACCCCCAGUACAUCCAGCCUGUUCCACAAGAUAUCUUUGUGAGAGACUGUGUGAACAUCACAGUGAAAGAAUACAUUGAGCCCACUGGGAAUACAACAGAGGAUGAGAUGGAAGCCAGGGUGGUGAAGCAUGUGGUGAAGGAAAUGUGCAUUGAGCAGUAUCGUACUUUCUCCAGCUCUUCAGGAGGCAGUUCCAGACCUCAUGGUGGCAACCCAGUGGACCCAAAGCCAAAGGAUGAUGAAGUGAAAUAUGUAGUGGGGGGACCUGUUGUAGAUGUUCCAGUGGAAGACCCUGAGAGCUACAUCUUAGGCACCCCCAUAGCCAAGAUGCAUUUUUGUUUUAAUGACAGUGAGGAAGAACGUUGGUGGAAUGAAAACCGCCACCGUUUUGCCACCCAUGUUUACCACCCAAACUCUAGCCAGCCAAUUUCAAGAGAUGUUUUCCUGAGUGAGUGUGUAAAUGUCACCAUGGGAGAAUAUGUGAAGCCCACUGGAAAUCAAACUGAAGAUGAAUUGGAAGCCAGAGUGGUGACACAAGUGGCAAAUGAAAAAUGCAUGGAGAUGUACCCCCGUUUGACUGCUUUCACAAUGUCAGGCAGCUACUAUUAUAAUAAACCAGAGACAGCUACUACACUGGAAAUCAAAAGUGAGUUCAGACAUGGAGAAGGAGCAGUUUUGGCUAAUAGUCCCAGAGGAGUCAGUGAACACAAUGCCCCAAACAAUGCUGUGUCUGAUUUGAAUUUUUCUUUUGAGAAUGUUUUGUUUCUAAUUCAUCCUUUUGCCAUUUCAAUCAUUACCUUAAUCACUCCUUUCCUAAUCUUCUAAAGGUUAUGCUUUCUAAGUCUCUUCCGUGGUUGCUAUUCUCUUAUCAGAGGUCUGGAAUCUCUCUCUCCAACAAUAAUUUAGUUGUGGUUUCAUAUUUUUCUGGAGACUGCAUCAGAUGCAAGGAGAUGCAAUGCAUAGGCUACUUAUGAAUGAAUUCCAAUUGCCAUCAUGAAUCAGUCUAAAGUGAUUCCUUUUUUGUAUUCAUCAAAUCUAAUUUAAGAUGGAGACAGUGGAUAAUUCCUCCAUUCCUAUUGCUUCGAUCCUUCAGUGAAAUCUGUUCAGUUUUCAGGAAACAUUUUAGCAGUUCACAUGAUAAUAAAAGUUGCUUUUUGAGAAGGAAGGAAGGAAGGAAGGAAGG